CCGUGACGGUCCCCAAAACACGCACACCCUGGUCUUUACAGAGGCCAGCAACUUCAAUACAGAAAGGUGCAUGCCGACACGACAACGAAUCUGCGGAGAUUCUCACAGUCGUAGCUUAAUUCGCACUUAAGUUUUUAUCCUCGGUACUCUCUCUCUCUCGCCUUGUCAAGGUCUCGCCACGUAGCAAAUCCCAGAGUCCUACGGACUUGGAAGACUAUUCACUUCUCUAGCAUGAGCGCCUCUCGCACGCUGAUGCUGUGUGCGGCGGCACUGCUUGCCUUGUUGCACUCCACUCCCAUUAGUGCUAAGCGCCUGGAGCACGUGUCCUUUGAGAAGCCUUUCGACAACAUCGACGGUGAGGGUUUGCGGCAGAUCGGAGACAACUUCGUUUAUGGCGGCGACACGGCCGUGAACCGCCACUUUGCGCGUCUUACACCCGAUCGCCAGAGCAAGCGUGGUUACAUUUGGGGCAAGCAGAAGCUGGCGGCAAAGGAGUUCGCCGCCGUGUUCACCUUCCGUAUCAGUGGCCAGGCCAAGUCCUGGUUCGGCGAUGGUCUGGCGCUUUGGCUCACGACUAGCCAGUAUGUGCAGGGCGACAACCACGGCUUCAUUGGCGACUUCAAGGGCAUUGGUGUCCUGUUCGACACCUUCGUCAACCAGGAGCACAGCGGUGGCCACAAGGACGUGACAUUUUUCGAGAACGAUGGCAGCAAGACGCUGGACCAGCUCAAUGACAUGGAAAAGGUGGGCUGCAUGGCCCCCGGCAUUCGCUACCACGAGAAGAACGCGGCGUUUAGCCCGUCGCUCAACAUGUCCCGUGCCAAGAUCACUUACACGCAGGUUGACCAGCAGUUAACUAUCCUGAUCGACGCUGACGCCUCGGGCAACUGGGUCAAGUGCUACAACCAGCGUCUGAACAUCGGUGACGACUGGAUGAACGAUGCUUACGUCGGCAUCUCAGCCUCGACGGGUGGUCUGGCGGACAACCACGACGUUGUCGCUCUCAACGUCUACGAUGACGUCAUUGACUCGCUCGCGGCACAAGAGGAUGAGAAGCAGCGUAAUGCGGUGGACAAAAACCUCGAAGCUACACUCAGUAAGGGCAACAAUGACGACAAGAUGAAGCUGGUCAAGCGGAAAUACGCUCAGUUGCUUGAGGAGUUCGAAUACCAGUUCACAGCACUGAAAGAGUCCACGGAAAACACGAUCCAGAAGUUGAAACAGCAGGGUGCAGAGGAUGAGAAGCGUAUUGCCGAGCUGGAAGCUUGGGCAAACGGAAAGGUGGUCGAGCGUGUUCACAGCACAGUGAACGCUAUCCGCGACCAGGUGGACUCACAGCUGGAAGUGACCGUGAAAGAAACUGCUGCCAAGUCCAGUAGCUGGAAGACCCCAUUCUUCAUCAUUGUGUUCAUCAUUGCCGGUAUUGCUGCUGCCGGAUACAAGAAAUACCAGGAUCUACGCAAGACGCAUUUCCUGUAGGCGAUUAAAUCUGCUUCAGAUUAUCCCAGGUCGUUGUAUCGAUGAUAGACGCCGUCUGUCAGGUACAUUAGAGACGGCAAGAUGCAGAUACAGCUGGGAGAUGGAAUUGCCUGAGGCCAAAUGGUAGCUCACCUUCAUGUUUUUUAUAGUUACAGUGUUGAUUGAACUUGGCUUAUACUUUUGCGUGUAGAGAGAUCCACUCUUUUAAUGAUGGACUGGUAACGAGAUGGCUAUGGUACAUCUAUUGAAUCGACAAAGUUUACUGUGCAUGUACAUUUAGAAAGUCGUACUGGUGAGGCAGUAAAGCGUUGAUGGUAACUCAUCAGGAUGCGAGAUCGUCGUGUGCAUUCUCGCAGACUCGGCAGACACAGG